AUGCCGGUCUACAAUUUAGACAACUCUUUUUUUGUUGAAUUACGCCGUAGGGUGCUUUGUGAUUAUCGUCCCUUGCGUUUGGAGUACAAGGUGCACGCCUUCGCUGCUGUAGACGGGGCGCUUUGGUUUGAUAUGCACUCCUUUUACGAUAGAUGCUGCCGCUUCGAAGAUUGUGCGUGUUCGGACUCCACUGUAAUAGCUCGUCAUACCGUAGAGAAAGCUCAACUUCUUAAGCGUCGCACGCCAAGCAACCACAACUCACCUAAUUGCAAAUGUGUUCUUGUUCCGGGCGCUCUGGUUGCCUUGCCUUCUCUUUCUGAGUUCAGAGAUAGCGAUGUGCAGUCAGAAGUCGAACGGGCUUGCGGAACAGUCUCAAUUGAUGGUGAGGGGUUCCGCCUUUUCGGCGUGUCGGUUGACAGCAACAUUUGGCGCCGUAAUGGCAACUUCAGUGGCAUUGGUAACUUGAGGUGUUUCGUUAUUGUAUUAUAUAUGGAUGUCAAGGCUUGUGUAUGUCACUAUGCUAUUGCCAACCCGGUUGCACAUCCUAUAGCACCUUGGUCUGUUUUAAGUCACUCGGUGCUCUACCAUUCGGGAAGGUUUGAAGUUAUAGAAGGCGAACAACACGUUCCCUUCAGCAUAGACAUUUCCGAUAUCGCAGAACUCACAGAGUUAUACACUUUUACAGUGCCGUAUAUUUUUUUUGCAUUUAGCCGUCGUAAUGGGAAAUUGGUGGUUGCCAACAUCACUGACGUUCACGUGUUAGACGAUUCUGCCAUAUCACUGGACGGAAUUAUUUGUCAUCGUGACCAUGUCACUUUCGCUGGGUUCAGCAAUAUACCGACAGUUGGCGCAUUACCUCGUCACUGGUGCACUGCCUUGUUGGUGUUGUGCCACACGCUAUCUCUUUACGCCAAAGUGGUACGAAUUACAUUAUUCGAAUUGGACACAGCAACGAGAAAGCAUAGUUUGUUGGGUCGUCCAGUUGCUAUGGUUUACGAGGUUUUAUUUGGCGACGUUGUAGAAUCGGUUAAUGAUAUUACGGUAAACUAUGGGUAUCACGUGAAUUCAGAUAUGGAGGUAGCCUCUGGCGUAAAAUAUGAGAACGUUUACAAUUUUUCUCACGAUGUUGUUCCCAAGUCUACGGGUGAUAUCGACGCCAAGCUGCGGCUGCAAAUGAUGAGCUGGAGGAUUGUUCCGGAGCUUAAACCGUACACUAUCACUGACAUUCGCGUAUGCGUUAUAGGAGUUGGAUCACUUGGUUGUCACAUAGUUCGACAAUUGUUAGCUUGGGGCGUUGGCAGCUUCGUCCUAAUUGAUUAUGCAAGGGUAACGAAUGGCACAAGACAGUGUUUAUACAACAGCGAGGAUGUAAGGGAGCAGACCUACAAAGCAGUGGCGGCGUGUUCCGAAAUCAAGAGAAUUCGUCCAGAUGCUGAUGCACUCCCCUUUAACAUGCUUGUGCCGAUGCCAGGUCAUUUUGUCGCUGGAACGGAAUUAAAGUCUUCUUACGAAACUCUUAGCCAAAUUAUGUUAGCAUGUGACGCGGUGUUUCUAUCUACUGACUCUAAGGAAUCUCGAUGGUUACCAUCACUGAUUGGGGCUGCCUGCUGCGCCAAUGUGAUACGGGCAGAAGCCAACAUAUUAGAAAGCGAUAAAUCUUUCGAACCAAGUUCUAAACCGGGGGGCGGCCCACUAGUCGUUUCCACUGGUUUGGCAUUUGACAGUUUUAUGAUUGUUAGGCAUGGUUAUGGUAACUUUGAGGGUGGAUGUUACUUUUGCAGCGACGUCCAAUCACCAAAUGACACUAUUUCUGGACGGCCCAUCGACGAGACGUGCACUCUGGUUAAGCCUGGGGUCGUGGCUAUGUGCGCCGCAACAGCUGUUGAGCUCCUCAUUGCGCUAACGCAACACCCCGAUCGUUUCGAAGCGCCACAUGCGAGUUCUAGUUGCCUAGGAGGAGUUCCUCACGCUAUACAUAUGAAUAUAUCAGUUAUAGAACGAAAAAUCGCCCCCCUUUUCCAUUUGCAUUCUACAACAUUUAAACGAGGAUUUUACCGCAUCAAUACAAUGGCAGUCGAUAUUGCUGGCCAGGUGGUCACCUCUGGAGCAGAGGAUGCUCGCGUUGUUAAAGAUGCAUCUUCUUUUCGUCUAGAAAGCAAUCCCGAUUUUAUCAAAACGAGGCUUGCGAAAUUCGAGGAGUUGUAUGAGCGUCAACAAAACCGGAUUGCAGAAGCAGAGAAGCGUGAUAUAAAUGUCGAAGUCGAGAUUCCAGACAAGCCUAGUGCAAAAAUCACAGGCAAAUCGUGGAUAACAUGCCCAGCCGAUUUAAUCAAAUGUUUGAGCAAGGCAGAUGCACAAGGUGUGGAAGUAGCAGAGAUUCGUCCCGCUGAAAAAAGUGGCGAUUUUGUGGUGGACAUUGAGAAUGAUACUGAUCAAACCGAUGAGUGGAUAUUAUGGGACCUUCAUAGGCCAUUAGAAGGCGACUGUACGAUACGAUUUCACACUUUUGACUCCCCUAAAGGGCAACACGUUUUUUGGCAUUCGUCCGCCCAUAUGCUAGGUUCUGCACUUGAAACACUGUAUGGAGCAUACAUUACAAUUGGUCCAGCGUUAAGUCAAGGAUUUUACUACGAUUGUUACAUAGGUAAUCAUACGCUCAAGCCUGAUGACAUGGAAAAAAUUACCGCGCACGUCUCAAAUAUGUCGAAGAUUAAAUCUUCGUUCCAGAGACUUGUAUGUAGUAAAAAUGAGGCCUUGGAGCUUAUGAAGCACAAUCCGUUCAAAGUAGAGUUGAUCCGUAAGAAGGUACCAGAUGGGAGUAAUACAGUAUGCUAUAGGUGCGGUGAUUUCGUCGAUUUAUGCCGCGGCCCUCAUCUGCCUUUCACCACAUCUUUACACCACAAAGCAUUCGCUGUCACCAAAUUUUCUUCAUGCUAUUGGCUCUCAAAGAACACCGCUGACACUCUGCAGCGAGUGUACGGUAUUUCAUUCCCCAAAGAAAAUCAAUUAAAAGAAUACGAAAGGCGUAUAGAAGAGGCUAAAACUCGAGAUCAUCGAAUAAUUGGAACGAAUCUCAAUCUUUUCCACUUCGACAAUGUCCAUUCACCUGGAUCGUGCUUUUGGCUACCGAAUGGCGCGAAGAUAUAUAAUCGUCUUGUAGAUUUCAUGCGUGAAAAUUAUCGAUUGAGAGGAUACCAGGAAGUCAUUACUCCAAACAUUUUCUCAUGUGAACUGUGGAAAACAUCUGGCCAUUAUGAUAACUAUAAGGAAAAUAUGUACAUGUUUACUGUUGACGAACUGGAAUGGGGAAUGAAGGGCAUGAACUGCCCAGGGCACUGCCUUAUGUUUAAACACAUGAACCCUUCUUACAGACAGUUACCUCUGCGUCUCGCCGAUUUCGGGGUGCUUCAUAGGAAUGAGUUAACUGGGAGCCUUAGUGGUCUCACAAGGGUUAGACGCUUUCAACAGGACGAUGCGCAUGUUUUCUGCACAACGGAACAAAUAGGUGAUGAGGUUCUUUUAAUUCUCAAAUUUAUUGACGAUGUUUACUCACUUUUCAACUUCAAAUAUAGCUUUAAGCUGUCGACAAAACCUACCAAGGCAUUAGGGGAUGAUGAGCUUUGGAACAAAGCUGAAAGUGGGCUGAAAGAUGCUCUUGAAAAAUGUGGUCGGCCGUGGACACUGAACCCAGGUGAUGGAGCAUUUUACGGCCCCAAAAUUGAUGUGAUCUUAUUGGACAGCCUAGAAAGGGAGCAUCAGUGUGGAACAGUACAACUUGAUUUCAAUCUGCCAAUAAGGUUCAAUCUGGGUUACCGCGACAAGGACGACGAAGCCACGGAUUGCAAACGCGGUUUUUCCAGACCUGUUAUAAUCCAUAGAGCCAUAUUUGGUUCUGUGGAACGUUUCAUUGCCAUUGUAAUCGAACACUUGAAGGGGAAAUUACCUUUUUGGCUUUCCCCAACACAGGUAGCUAUAUUACCUAUAUCUGAUAAGCACCUUUCAUACUCCGAGAAUAUAUACAAGAAGCUGCUACACCUAGGCUACAACUGCUACGUUGAUUCUAGCGCAAACACAAUGAACAAGAAGAUAAAAUUAAACCAAGCCCAACGCUACAACUACAUGCUUAUAAUUGGCGAUCGAGAAGUGGAAACCGUCACCGUUUCUUUGCGCACGAUGGAAUCCCAGGCCAAUGAAAUACUAACACUUGACGAGUUGUACGCUAAACUGGAGGAAGAUGCAAAAGCUUACAAGAAAAACAUUAGUUGUUUCCAUUUGGAAGAGUGA